AUGCACAGCCAUACGGCGGCUUCGUUCAGGCGCGUCGGUGAGCUGGCGUGUCAGAGAGACUCGUUUCUGCGAGAACUGACCGCCACUGUCGUCUCGUGUGAGCCGACCAAGGCGGCAUCCACUGCGGCGAAGAAGGCGAAGAGUGUCGGUGAUGGUGCCGCGGCGUACGACGUUAUUCUGAGCGACUCUAUUCUUUUUCCAGAGGGCGGCGGUCAGCCGUGCGACUUCGGCACACUUCGAGUUGUGCCUGGCGAUGAAAAUAAGGCUGAUUCUACGUGCAGCGCCACCACCGCGCCUCUGCUGUCCAUUACGAACGUGCGCCGGGUCGCGGAUGCGUGCGUGCUCACCAGCCCCGCCUCCCUCCCUGUGGGGACUACAGUGCACCAGAUAGUGGACUGGCCGCGUCGGAUCGACCACAUGCAGCACCACACCGGCCAGCACCUGCUCACUGCCGUGGUGGAGCGCAUGGACACGCUGCACCUGCCCACUGUGAGCUGGUCCCUGACACACCCUUACUGCUUCAUCCAGGUGGAUGUUGGCGCCUACGCAAGCGACCCAGCCUCGCCGUACCACGCCUACAUCACCAAAGAGAAGAAAAUAUCGGAUGAUAUGGUGGCGAAGAUUGAGGCGCUAUGCAACGACGCGAUCAUACACAGCACCCCCGUGCAGUGCGACGUAUUCGAGAGCCUCGAGGUGUACCAGCAGGAGCAGGACCGCCGGCAUCAGGCCGCGGCGGCCUCGACAGGCCGCGGCGAAGAGGUCUUUCGCAGCCGUGGCAUCCCAGAGGACGUAACAGGACCGAUUCGUAUCAUUUCGCUGGGCGCCAUCGACAGCUGCACCUGCUGCGGCACUCAUCUGCACACUCUCGCAGAGCUGCAGGCCAUGUACCUCCUCCACCAAGAAGUGAAAGGGACGAUGGUGAAGCUCUAUUUUAUCACCGGCGAGCGGGCAGCGCGGCAGUUCCACACCAUGUAUCAGCGGGAGCGGCAAUUGAUGCCGGAGUUGAGUGGCAGCAGGCCCAGCGAAUUUGUCUCCGUGGUGCAGCGCCGCUCCAAGAAUACGGCAGACCUUGAGAAGCUGGUGAAGCGGUGGACGCUCGAGCUAGCAAGCGCAGAAGCGCAGCGCAUCGCCGCCGCCGUGUCAUCGCGGCACAGCGGUACCGUCAUAGUACCCCUGCGCCGCGACGACGUAGAGCUCGAGUUCUUCAGCGAGGUCCGCGCACGGCUCGACGCGACAGGACUGCGCCACGUCGUUCUCGUUUCUGCGUGGGCGACGGAGAGGUGUACGACUGGCACGCUCGUCAACACGAAGGAUGUGGCCGGCCAGGUCUUUAUCACUGGCGGGGAGUCACCGGCGGACAUGGAGAAGGCCGUCCAGCUGGCAAAAGAAACACUAAAGGGGAUGAAAGGUGGCAGCUCCAAGCUCGGCUUCCGUGGGAAGGGAACCCUGAAGGAGUGGGACGCCCUUGUAGCGCAGCUGCAUGGAUAA